UUUUCAUUGCUUUUAUCAUUUUCAUGUUGUUUCCCCCCUCUCUGAUACAUUAUAUAUUAUAAACUCUAUUUGUAAGAAUCAUCAUGCGAAUCAAAAUAUCUUCAAUUUGACUCUUUUUUUUUUUUUUUUUUUUUUUUUUUUAUAUAUACUAUGGCUGAGGCACUUGGAAUUGCAUCUGGGGUUGUUGGGAUAGUGUCUUUUGGAAUUGAGCUUUGCCAAGGUCUGCUUGAGUAUUAUAGUUCUUGGAAAGAUGCCGAGAGUGAAGUUACGGCAACAUACAACUCUAUACAGGAUCUCACCAAGAUUUUACUACUAGUGAAGUCAACUGUCGAUAAGCAAGACCCUGAAUCAGAGAUUAUCGUCAAAGUCCAUGAUAGUAUUACUCUCUGCGAAGGUGGGAUCACCAACUUGGACAAAAAGCUUCAAAAGAUCCGAAGGUUAUCUUUGAGCGAUACCGUAGGCGAGAGAUUACUUUCACAAGCUCGGAGAGCUCUAUAUCCGUUUAAGAAAAGCACAUUGAUCAAACUGCAAGAAAUUGUUGGAGAUUUACAGGAUAGGCUGCAUUUGACUCUGACAAUACUUGAUUUUAACAUCUCCAUUCAAAAUUUUGACAUCGUGUCCGGUCAGCUAAAAUAUUUGUCUAAUGAAGUAGAUAAGACGCAGCUGGGAAUUGGAAACAUUCAAAAUUCACUGGCGGGUAUUGAUCGCAAAAUUGAUACAAUAGAGUCCCUCUAUGGCGAUGAAUAUCUUCGAAAUUUCUGCAUGUGGCUUUCUCCAAUAUUCGACAUAUUUGAGAAAAGGCAGCACGAUAACUUCGAAUUGCCUAGCCGGCAGGACGGGACAUGGGAGUGGCUACAAAGCACUCAAGAAUUCAAGAACUGGCUCUCCAGAACAGAUAGAAUAUUGUGGUGUCCAGGACAGCCCGGCGUCGGAAAGACUGUUUUAUCGUAGGACAUGGCCAUAGCUUGCACGAAAUUCGCUCCAUUAUCUAACGCACACAGCAGAUCGUCUAUUAUUAACCACCUAGAGACGCAAGUCAAACAACCUGGUACUGGUAUAGCCUAUGUAUACUGCGACUACAGCAAUACGCUACUCACGGUUCGC